AUGGGGCUUUGUAGGUCAUUUGGGUUUAGAAAUACUAAUACCUAUAGUCGACCGAUUUCCCGGUCUAGUAACGAGCUUGGCCACACUGCUAAUGUAAACAAGACUGUGAAGGAGAUGCUUACCCCAAGGCAGUUAGAGAUGUUCAAAAGGACAGUUUUUGGGCGUUUUGUAGACAUUGACAUGGUGUUCAACAGCCUAAUUAUCCAUCAUAUGUUGUUAAGAGAAGUGAAGAGCACGAGAAUGGACUCAAUCUCAUUCUCUGUUGGUGGAAAUUAUUUCGGUAAUCGAGUGACGAAGGACACCUUACAAGUCCGUCUACUAGAAGAAAUAUACAAGAAGUUGGAGUUUGAAAAUGACGAGGAUGCUGUGAAGAUCACAUUAGUCUACUACAUGAAGGUUGCAAUGAUGGGAAAGAACAAGCAGAAAAAUCCAAUGGACCUUAAACGUUUUAAGGACAUUAAGAACAUAGAGUAUUACAACAGUCUAGCCUGGGGUACCAUUAUUUGGGAGAGGACACUCGAUGACCUAAAGAUUGCAUUGAAUGAUAAGAGUAAUUAA